CAGCAACCCCCAUACCACAGAAUCAUGAGAUACAGAAGAUUGUGCAUUGUUUCAAAGAGACAACCUCUCUGCUGAUGUGAGUAGAGCAGAAUUGGAGGACAUAAGUGUACAAAGGUAAAAAUGUGCAAGAUCAUACAGAAAAAUGUAUUUGGUUACUCAUUUGCAGCAGUCAGAUGUCUUAUGUCACUAAGUGAAGUAGAGAAUUCAACCCUUUUGGCUGUAGCUACAGUGGAUCUGUUACUGCUUAAUGGCAAUAUCAUUCACUAAACAUGCUUGAGGGAGAUAGUUGUGACAUUAAGGGCAAAUUGAGAAAACGGCUCUGUCUCAUGAUGGUCUGGAAAAAGAUGAACAAAAUAGAUGGUUGGAAAUGUGCAAUGAUACAGUUGGGUGUAGCUACACCUAAAGCAAAUAAAAGUACGUGAAAAAGAAAAAAUUGGACUGGUGUUUGUCCUCUACUGUGAUCAAACAGGCAAAGUGAGUUUAUCUCACAAGAUGAUGUAAGAUAAACACCAAUCAGAAUCAGAAUCAGAAAUACUUUAUUGAUCCCCGAAGGGAAACUCUGUAGUUGCACAAUAUUAUAAAUAGAGUAGAAUUAUAAAUAGAGUAGAAAAACAAUGCAAACAUGCAUUUAACACACUACACUACAAGCACUGUACAAUACUUUGUCUUAAAAAAAACUAAUUUCCAGUGAUUGGGUUUUUCAGGUCUUGCUGUCAGACACCACUGCGUUCCGGUAUUCGAGGACAUUUUACAAUAUCUGGAUUACAUGAAGCUUGAUGAGCCCAUCAUUGGUUUGAACUAUUUGGAAGAACUGCCCUCUAAUGACUUACAAGCAGGCCCCAGAUACACAUGUAGGCUAUGUCAUCAGAAUGCAAACCUACCGGAAAUGGUCCGUCACGUGAUUGGACGUAAACACCGGCAGAAAUAUGUGGAAUUGAAACGGCCAGACUUGGUGACCUGGAAUAAACAAUCCAUAAUAACCCAUGGCGGAAAGAUCAUACGAGCCAGAGCAGAGAUAAUAGAGAGGCAGGACGGACGAGGAACUCCAACGCAAAUGGCGAAAAAAGGGAUAGAGGGCAAAUUGAACAUCUCAAGAGUUCACCAAAGGCAGAAGCAAAAUAGGGGCCGCAACAUCUCACAGAGUUUGACCCAACGAGAUGUGCAAUCACACCUACCAGAACUCAAGGACUACCAGGAUGAGUACUCUCACCCAGGGAGGAAUCCCCCAAACAUACCCCCAUUCCAUCCAGAAGACCCUUACAUGUUAAACAGAGACAGAUCCAGGUACCACCAGGAGCACACUCUCAGCAGUGACCGCAUGAAAGAGGAGCUGUGGAGGGACACUUACAGGGAAAGUGAUAUAGACAGACGAAAAUAUUUGGACCCUGAUUAUCGUACAGAGUAUAAUGAGGAAUAUGUUAAAGAUCCACAAAGAAGAGCCGUACGAGAAACAGGUGGUGUUCCUAGGUAUGUUUCAAGAGAGGAAAUUCCCCAUGGCCAGGCUCAGCACGGAGAGUCUUACCCAGAGGAAGCUCCUCCGUACAGGAGGCCCUACCCAGAAAGAGAUCAGCCGACAGAAUACUUCACUGAAGAAGUUAGGCGUGGGCGAAUUUGUUCUGCCAAGUACCAGCCCUCGCAGCCGGUGUACUCAGAAGGCGAUAAACAGCGGUGGUCUCUGGACAGGGAAUGUGGUCGACAUGACAGUAUGGAUAGAGCAGGCAGGCUGGGAUCAAGUGAACCAGAGGCCAAGAGGAGGAGCUUUCCCACACCUAUGGAGAGUGACCGCUCGCGUGACCAUUUGUUUAAUAUGUUAAACGAUUAUUGUCAUGAAAUGGGAGAACCACGAGAGGAGGCAGUUGCCAACCGUGGGCCAAGCAGAACAGGACCCCCUACCUCCCAGAGACGAGAGGAAGCCACCAGGGCCAUCUCUGACAUCCCAGAGCCAUUCAGGCGUUUCCUGAAAGGGUCAGCUAAUAAUGAGGGAUGCAGUCAAAGAAAAAAGAGCCGUUUCUCUGAUGCCACUGCAGAGGAGGUUGAAACAACAAAAGAGAUGUUCAGUGAUGAGUAUGGACCUCCAAAUCCAAAGUCUGGCAGUCAUCCUAGACUGGUUAGUGUACCAUUGGGACCUGAAAUGCAUGGAACACAGCAUCCUGACUUCUACAUGGAAUCAAAGAGCCCACAUCAUAAUGAAAGCUACCAAAGAGGAGGCUCUGAGCCAAGGGACAUCUUUGAUAUGCUCAAAAACGUUGAAAUUGAAAAUGCAGACGAGGCUAACUUCCUGAAGAGCAAACUCUGUAACCUUCUAAAAGAAUUCAAGACCAAAAAAUCGGAGAACGCUCUGCAAAAUAGCCAUGGUCGAGAAGCCAUCUCCAAAGACAACAGCUUGAACCCAGACCCAGAGCUUUCUCCAAGACACCAGUAUGACACUAGCCUACCGAGGGAAGAUUCAGACAUUAGAAGACCAGACAAACACUACUUUAAAAAAGAUCACAGAGGAAGAGGCUGGCAGCAGCGUGAGAAUGUAACUGACGAGUGGCUCCAAGACUACCACCAUCCUGUUCGUGGGGAACCUAGACAGUCAAACAGAAGCCGGCAUGAAGAGGUUUUUGGGUGGCCAGGGAUAUCUCAGCCGCCAGAUACUACCAACUCAAAUGAGCUAGCACGUUAUCCUGAAAGGUUUCAAGAACCCAUGCACCCUCGUGACUACCCACCUGCUGCCGAGGAGUUUUUGGACUCCCACUCUUCCCCACCUCCGCACUACAUGGAACGAGGACACAGGAUGGACAGGGGCCCUCGGUACUCCAACAACCUGGAGAAAAUCACCUCCACUCUUCUGGAACUUGUGGCAAGGAAAUAAUUGUCAGAUUUCUAUACUUUUAAGGGGAUACUUUGGUUU